AAUAAUAAUAAUAAUAAUAAUAUACAAAUUGAUUGGAUUAAAACAAUCAAAAAUUACCAGAAAAUAUUGAACCAGUUUUAGAAUAUUUUGGAUCAACUAAACAAGAUCAAUCUACGAAUAUUAAGUUAGUUACAAAUGAAAUAGAAAAUCUUACAUAUGAAAUCAACAAAAAUUCAUCCACUACCAAAUUAGGCUUUGAUUUAUGUCGACGUGGUGCAUUAUAUAGAAAAAUUGGAAGAUUACAAGAUGCAAAGCUGAUCUUCUUAAAUCUAUUCAAAUUGAAUCAAAAUUAUCAUCUGCCUAUUGGCAUAUACAUUUUAUAUUCUUACUUGAAGGUAAAAUAAAAGAGGCAUUAUAUCAUUUAGAACAAUGUAUGAAAUGUACUAAUAUGAUUGAACCAAUACAAAAUUUUACUACUACUACUACUACGACGACGAUGGCGGCGGCGGCGAUGGUGACGAGUACUACGACGACGACGACGACGGCGGCGGCGAUGACUACGACUACUACAAUUACUACUACUGAUAACAGAAAUAAUGAUAGUAAUAUGAAAAAUGUCAAUACCAAUCUCUAUCAGUUUUAUCAUGACAUUCUUAAUUCAAAAGCAUUUAUUUAUUCAUUAUUAAAUGAUUCUAAAAUGGAAAUUGAAAUAUGGACAAAAUUGAUUCAUUAUAAUCCGACAUAUGAAUUAGCUUAUGAGAAAAGAGCUAAUCUUUAUCUCAAGUUAAAAAUGUAUCAUCAAGCAAAUACUGAUUUUAUGAAAAUCCUCUGUAUAAAUCCCAAAUCAGUCUAUGCUCAAUUUCAAUGUGGUUUAUAUAAAUUUCACUCGAAGGAUUGGAGAACAGCAAUCUCUUAUUUUAAAAUGGUUCUUGUUAAUAAUCCAUCAUAUUUUGAAGCAAGAUAUUAUUUGGCUAGAUGUCUAUUAAAAUUAUCUAAUUAUAGUACAGCUUUAGCUGAAUUAACAACUUGUCUUUACUUUCAACCAUUGUAUUAUAAAGCUUUAUAUAUACGUGGUUGUCUACUGACUAAAACAUGUCCAUUACAAUCAUUACGUGAUUUAACAUUGUGUAUAUAUGUUGGUAACCAAAAAUAUCAAACUAUGGCUUUUAUCCAACGUGGAUUAAUGUUUAAUCAAUUAAAAAGGUAUAAAAUGGCAGUACAUGAUUUUCAAGCAGCUUUGAAUAAUGGAUUUCCUCAAUCAACUGAUAUCUACCGUUUGUUAGGAUUAACCUAUAUACAAUUGAAUCUAACAACUAGAGCUAUUCAAGCGUAUACAAAUGGAAUAAAUAAAGAAACAAUACCAGAUAUAAAAUUGUUAUUAUGUAGAGCAGAAGCUUAUUAUCAAUCAAAUCAAUUUAACAAGGCAAUAUCCGAUAUACAACGUGUGAUACAUUUAAGUCCUCAUUUAGCAACUACUUAUUUAUUACUUGCAAAUUAUUUAUAUAAAUUAACAAAUGCUCAAUUGAUUCAACGUUCUAUUCAACAAUAUUUAAGUUUAGCCGAAGAAUGUGUGAUUCAUAAACAAGCUAAACAAAUGGCAUUAGCAUAUCACUAUGUGAAGAAAUAUAAAGAAGCUGAAACCAUUCUAUUAGGAGAUACAAAGCAUCAAUUGGUAUUAAGUAAUAUAUUAUUACUUGGUCUCAUUAUGGAUAAACAACAAAAAACAAUGAAUUCUAUUGAAUUAUUAGUAAAUAGUUUAAAGAAAUUAAAUUGUAAAAAACUUGAGAAAAUAGAAAUCUACAAUCAUCUUGGUCAAUAUUAUAUGAAAAUAGGAGAUUAUAUACCAGCUAUUCAAGCUUUUACAAGUUUCAUUCAUUAUGACCCUCAUAGACCACAUGUUUACUUAUAUCGUGCUCAAUCUACCUGCCGAUUGAUAGCUAUACACCUUCAGAAAAGAACUAUCUUACCUAACGAUUUCAAUGAUAAUGUAUUAGAUGAUAUAAGUCAAACAUUAGUUUUAAUCCAUUCUAAAACGUCUUCAGUAGAUCAAAUUCAUUUGAAUGGACCUAUGAAAUAUGUUGAUUUAAUUGAUCAAUGUUUAUUAACACGAAUUAUAUAUUUUGGUAUCAAUCAACGUUAUACAAAAGCUAUACUUAAUUGUAAUGAAGUUAUUCAUAGAAGACCAGAAUGGACAAGAAUAUGGAUUUAUCGUGGUGUAUACAAAUAUUUAUUGAAAACUAUGGAUUUUUGUGAAGCUGAUUUAAAUAUAGCUAUAGAAAAAGAUCAGAAAUCUUCUUUAGCUUAUUAUAAUCGUGGUUUAUGUCGUCAAACACAAGAUAAAUGGAAUGAUGCAAUUGAAGAUUAUGAUCAAGCUAUUAAAUCUGGUACUUUAAAUGGAUCAGUUCAACUUUAUAGUUUAAUUAAUAGGUCAAUCAUAUAUAUAGAAAAAUGUCAAGAUUAUCAUAAAGCUAUAAAGGAUUUAUAUCAAGCUAAAACUAUUAUGGAUAAAUUGAUGAAUUCUACAAUUCAAAAUGAAACUAACUCAGAUUUGUUUAUUAAAUUAAUGUAUACAAUUGGUAUUUGUCAUCAAAGACUUGAAAUGUAUCCUGAAGCCGAACAGAUAUUGCAUAAUUUAACAAUUCAACAACCAAAUUUUUUAAAAGGAUAUAUUGCAUAUGCUAAUUGUUUAAUGGAUUAUGAAGGUUAUAAAAUCAAAAUGAAUGAAACGAAUUCAAAGAAUCUUUGGAAUCAAGCAUUGAAUGAAUAUGAAUUUGCUUUAAAAUUAGAUAAAUACAAUUUAGAAGCAAGUAUUGGUUUAUCAAUGUGUUUACAGGUUCUAGGACGUUUAAAUGAUGCAUUAAAACAAAUUACACAUACUUUAAAUAUUUAUUAUGAUCAUCAUGAAUCUAAUUAUAAUGAAUUAACAAAUGAGAAAUACAAUAAAUUACUAGCUGAUGCCUAUGAUUGUAGAGGUAUUAUAUAUUUACAACUUGGUAGAUUUCAAUAUGCUAUUGAUGAUCUUACAAAUUCCAUUCGUUUAAAUCGUUAUUCAACAAAAUAUCUAAUUGAUCGUGGUGUUGCAUAUUUUUGUAAUCAUCAACUUAUGCCUGCUAUGAUUGAUUUCAAAAAUGCUAAUCAACUUGAUUCUACCAAUGAUUUAGCUUAUUAUCAUCAAGCAUUAAUUUAUUUACAUCAUGGACAAUUUGAACAAGCUGAAAAUCGAAUCAAUCUAAUCAUAAACAUGAAACAAUCAAUAUCAUUUAUCAUUAAUCAAUUACAGUCAAUAUGUUUAGAUCCAAGUCUAUGGUUGCUAAGAUCAAUCAUUAAAUUAAUGAAACAUAAAUCGAAUGAUUAUUAUGAUUCUAUAUUGAAUGAAGCAUUAAAUGAUGCCUGUUAUGCGGAACAAUUAAUCUUACCGAAAUUCAUGAAUGAAUUAACUAGUUGGCCACAUUUACAUUAUACUAAAGGACAAAUAUUAUAUAAAUUAAAAGAUUAUGUAAAAGCUGAUAAAGAAUUUACAAAAGCUCUCAGUUUAUUACCAUCCAAUAAGUAUAUCUAUCAAAUACGUUGUAAAUGUCGUGAAAAGAUGUAUCGUACCGGUUUGAGUAACUCAUAUGAAAAUGCAUUAAUUGAUUAUCGUUUAUCACUUUUGGCUAAUGAUGUAACUAACCAAUAACAUCUAUGUAUACACAAAUAUAAUUUACACUUCACUUAUAUAGACUAAUAUAACUUAUAUAUUU